AUGUCUCUCCCAUCAGAUGAAAGCACACUUCCCAUGCUGUCGCAGCACAGAAUCCGAGAUGACGAGGAGGAUAUUCCACUCGAAGACAACGAGUCCGACGUCACCAGAGUCUGGCCUGCAGCUUCGUUUGGAAAGACGGCCCGUCUACGAGCACGAAGCCCCUCGGACAUGUCAACUUGGUCCUACAGCCCCCCCAAUCCACAAAGAAGAAGACGCCAGUUCGUCAUUCUUGUCUUGCCUUGGUUUCGCUGGGGUCUGGUCGUCUUUUUGCAGACCGUCAUUCUAGUUCUUUUGUGGCGGCAAAGCCUGAGAGGAGCAGAAGGAGAAGUGGAUCCUACAUUGAGAGGCAAAACAGUCGAGACGGGAGGAGAUAUCAAUGGUCUCUACAAAACAACAUCACACACGUACACAUUCUUGAAGCCCGACCCGGACAGAUUCAUUCCCAACAUGACGUCGAACGAUGACCGGCUACAGAUACGGAAAAAUUGGGACUUGCUCAUGCCGUUGGGCAGUGGUAGCGUCGCCAUCCCAGAGUAUCGCGACCAUCCGCUUCUCGGAGACCCAAUUACGGAUGAUCCCAUUCGUUCUGGUCCCCUUUUCGAGGCGUCGUGGACGCACGCCUUGCAUUGCUUAUAUUAUGCCGUGGACAGCUACCAUCAACUCAUCGUCAACGGGCGCACGGACAACGACAACCCGUACCAUGCCGCCCACUGCUUCGAGUACCUUCGCAACAGCAUCUUAUGCAACCUCGACAUGACCUUGGAGGGGUCGAUGUCGACCCCGGAUGAUAAGGAACGGGGCCAGCCUCACGUUUGUCGAAAUCGAGAGGAAGCUAUUGCCUGGAUCGAGGCAAGGAGGGUGGACGAUUUGCAGGACAUUGUUGGGCCGUAG